AAAACCAAAACCGUUUCAAAACCGUUCGAUUCGUAAAAUCGCGAAAAAAGAGAAAACAUCGGAAAAGACCGCUAAACAGUUUUGUUUUCAAAACUCAGUGUUUCGUUGAUAAUUUCUAGCAAGAAGUUGCUAGAUUAAUGGUGAAUUAUUGCUUGUUUGCUUGCGUCGCGGAUAAUUGGUAACCGGGAGUUAGCGGCUGCCGUUUUCCGUGAGGAAACGUCCCAGGAAUUUGCUCAUACCCGUCAGUCGGGUAGAUGACCGGACAAAGAAACUGCUCGUCACACAAUCAGUUUUUGCAAAAGGAUUAGCAAGGAUGAAAUCUCCCCUGCCGGUACCGGAGUUCCUAGAGGAGAACAAUUUGUCGCUGUCGUUUAAACAGCCCCACCGGAAGAACAGAUCUCUCCGGCCGCCGAAACCUCCGAAGCUCUAUCCGAAGUUUGACGCCAGCUUCAACCGGAGUCUGAAUGGUUCCUCGGUGGCUCAUGCAGUUUCGUUCCGGAGCACCCGGUCGGAGCUCAGCAAACUGUAUGAGCCAAGCAAACGCGAAUCUUACUACGAGCAGUGUUUCGAACAGAUCGAAAAAGUGGGCGAAGGAUCGUUCGGGGAAGUGUUCAAGGUGAAGAGCAGGCUGGACGGGUGCUUGUACGCGGUCAAGAAGAGCAAGGAGUUCUUCCGAGGUGAGCACUACCGGCAGGAACGGUUGGAGGAGGUGCGCCGGUACGAGCAGUUCAGUGAGCAUGAGAAUUGCGUCAAACUGUACCAGGCCUGGGAGCAGGAGGAUCGACUGUUCAUGCAGAUGGAACUGUGCAAGGGAAGCCUGGAGGAUUACGCCCGGGAGCAGCGGUUCAUCCCGGAGGACAAGAUUUGGUCUAUCAUGUUGGAUCUGCUGUUGGGUUUGAAAAGUUUGCACGACCGCAAUUUGAUACAUUUGGACAUAAAGUUGGACAACAUCCUUAUCACGGACGACGGAGUUUGUAAGCUGGCUGACUUUGGUUUGGUGUUCGACUUGAGCAGUCGAAACUGGAGUCAUGCAACGGAGGGCGAUUCUCGCUAUAUUGCGCCGGAGCUAAUGGAAGGCCGGUAUACUAAGUCCGUGGAUAUCUUCAGUUUGGGUAUCGCAAUUCUCGAGCUGUCCAGUAAUCUGGAACUUCCCUCGAAUGGGCCUUUAUGGCAAAGUCUGCGCAGUGGAUCCCUUCCAUCGGAACUUCUGUGUAGAUUGUCGCAAGAGCUGCAGGAUGUGAUAAGAUGGAUGAUGAAUCCGUUACCGGAUUGCCGGCCUUCCGUUGAUACCUUGUUACGAUUGCCCCGGUUAGCUGCGUUAUACCAGGAGCGAAAGCGAUGGCGUGUGAUCCGUGGUCUGCGAUCCUACAUGCAUAGGAAAUUGUGCAAUCUGAAGUGCUUCUUAGCAAGCUUGGUGCUUUCAAUAGCCAGUUGCUUGCGAUUGAAACACGGUAAACCGGCAGUACCAAAUGCGGAUCGAAGAAGACGGUCUGGUCACAGAGAUACUCUCAAUCGCACCUAUUGCAACGGGAUCAGUAGUAAUGUACGGACGUGUCUGAUGAAAGACUUUGACGACGAGCUUGAAGACGAUGAACUGCUGUCUACUGGCGAGCUGGAUUUGACAGGAGGCAGCACGAGUACAGAUGUGCAAAUAACGCCCACACUAAACAACGACAUUCCAAGGCAUACGCCUCCGGUGCGAAUGAUGAACUCAACUCCGCUGAACCACAAUCACAUCGGGCUCCGGCUCAGCUUCCGCCAUAAUCACGUUGAUAAUCCGGCCAGGAAUGCAAGUUACGAUUCGGCCGACGAAGAUUUGAUGCUCCCGUUAGACCACAGCAACUGCAGCAACCGAACCGAGGAAUCGCUGCACCAUUCACGUCAUUCCUUGCUGCAUAACACCACCAGCCCCAUCAACGAUUCCUCCUUCCUGACGAAGAAGAAACUUUGCUUCAAAUCGGAUGACUCGGAUUGACGGCCUGGUCAAUCGUUGGGGCCGAUUGCGCAUCAGGCAAGCGAUCGAUUCCAAAAUAAACGGCAUUGUCUGGUCACACAUUCUUGUUCUUCCAAUUCGGACGCGAAAGCGAAAUAGUGAAAACCGAAAAGUGAUCUCAAUCUAACGUCGGCUUUGAUAUUUUGUGCAUCUAAUACUGAAACAAUUAAUCGGUCUACUAAUAAUUAAGUACGUACUUUUGAAUGUUGAAACGAAGGGGUGAAAUUUACGUUUCACUGCGUGCAGGAAUGAAUACGGGAUGAUAUUUAGAUUGCACAAAAUUGUAGUGAUCUAAUUAGCUUUUAUACAUAACUAGCUAGGAUUGUAUACUAAUAGAGUAGUAACAAACUAACGAGAGAAAAGUUGCAGAUUUUGUGAUAUACAGGGAAUCCUAUAAAAUAGUUAAAUGGAGACGAUUACGGUUUUUGAAAACAUGUUUAGGCAGUUUCAUUGUUUGUUGUGAGUUUAUGAAAUUUGGCUGAGGAAUGUGAUUUUAUACCAUCAACACCACGAGCGUUCGUUGGGGAUGUUGGACCAAUGUAAACUAUUUUACAUUACCUAAGCUUCUUUAGUUCUAUUAAGUGUUGAUAAUACAAGAUAUAUGAUAUCGUGCAGUAGUGGCUAAUAUUUUUCGGGGAUAUAUUUUACAAACGAUUUAUAACUGAUAAUCGCAAUAAAUCGGAUGCUUAUAACCAAUUGAAA